AUGGUGUGUGCACGGCUUAUUGAUUGUCCGGACUCACCGGAAGAGGAAGAAAUGGGGCUGAUUCCGGAUAUGAUGUUUGCAGGCGGCGAGGAACCAGUCGGUGUUCGUGUGUUGACAUAUCAAUCAUCUAGUGCUUUGAAAAGAAUUUUUAAUGCGUUAGAGGAAGAAGAGGUCGAUAUUAUUAGGCGAUCUUCUUUUGGAAAAUUGAUAGAGAUUGCAGAGAAACCAGUUUUUUCUGGUAGAUUUGCUCGAUAUAUGCUAUCCAGGCAACUGAAAACGAAGAAGAAACAUGAAGUGUGGUUCCGAUGUGCUGGGAAACCUGUUAGGUUUUCUCUAAGAGAGUUUGCGAUUGUAACCGGAUUACCAUGCGGUAAAUUUCCGAAGAAGUCGAAGAUGAAGCUUAAGAAAACCAUUUCCGAAAGGCCGUAUUGGCCAUCUUUAUUUGGAAAAGUCGAGGUCGUGACAGUCUCAUCUAUCAUGAAGAUGCUCUAUCGGAAAACAGUCAAGGACAGGGAAAUCCGGAUCAAAUAUGCUUGCCUGGCACUUCUUGAGUCUGUGCUCCUCCCAACUAGUCUUAACAUGAAGAUAUCCAGAGAGCAUGCUGAAGCAAUUGAAGAUCUUGAAGAAUUUUUUUCUUAUCCUUGGGGGAGACUAUCAUUCGAUAUGCUGAUGUGUAGUAUCAAAGAGAGAGAUGAGGUAGGUUUGUCCCAAAAUACAAUUGCUGUUAAGGGAUUUGCGUUAGCUCUCCAGCUUGUUAUGCUCGAAGCUGUGCCUUCGUUGACAGAGGGGGUGCAAGAGAUUGGUUCUUCUUCUGAGUCAGAUAGCGAGGAAAUAGAAGGAAACGGGCGUGAUAUAUUUACUAAGAAACAGAACCUUAACCCCGCCCACGCCCGAAAUGUAGACAAGAGAGGCAAUGUGUAUGUUUGUAGCAUCCUAUGUGAGGACUCUACCCGUCCGAUUGAUGAAGGUAGAUGCGAGUGGUCCGACGAAGAGGAAGAUUUCAAAGUUGACAACCUCGUUGCGCUUAUCAACGCAAACCAUGAGUUCCAAACAUCUCAAUUUCGUGGAGGAGUUAGGAAGAGUGAUGUCGAUCGUAUGCGACAAAUGAGUAAAUUAACUUCUAAGGGAAGGAAAUCAUCAAAUGUCCAGUCCAAUUCUGAAAGGAUUGAUCCGGGUAAUGUUGCUGCCCUUGUGAUAGAGAAAAUAACACCUCAGUUAGCUAUUAUGGAUAAGAACAUUAAUUCGGCAUGUGCAAUGGUUGAUGCAAUUGAGGGCAAAGUUGUCGUACACGUUGAUGAUUUGUUUGUUAAGUUGAAGGAAGAAAUGAUUAAAUGUGUUAAGGAUAUGGUUUCCGCUAUGGUGAAAGAUGUAUUCGAAUGGCAGAAUGGCCCAUCAAAUAUUCCAUCAGCUGCUCCGCCCGAAGCAGCAGCUCUUUCUACUCAUUCAACUCCUGCACGUGAUCUUAAUGCAAAUACAAUCAAAAACGUUCUAAGAAACUUAAGUGAUUACUCUACGCCUCCACGAUCGAAACAUAUGACGCAGGUGAAUUUGCCAUCAACGAACAAAGAUGAUGUGGCAACCGGAUUUGUAUGUGUUACUCCACAACCAGAGACCUGUGCACAAUCAGCUAAUAGCGAGAAUCAGACACGGCAAAUUUCGUUACAGCAACGUUUGGAGGCACAUAAGAGGCAAGAACACAACAUAACGGACGAACCGUCGUUCUCCCUGGGUUUAACUCAGGAAGAGAUGAAUCAGGGGCAGCUAAAUAUGGUGCCUGCAGAGGUUCCUCUACGUAACACAACUUCUGAGAUGAACGUUGAUGACAAUAUAGCGGAAGUACAAGUUUCACGGAAAAGUAAGAGCACGGUGAACGUUGCUGGACUUUUUGCUAGUGGAAAAGACAUUCGUCUUAUUCUAGAGAGGUCACGGUUUAUGUCAGCAAAGGUUAUAGAUAUUCUAAUCCGAGUUGUACGUCGGUCGACCCUUCUACACCUUUCUGAAGAAGGUCGAUCUUCUGUUGCAUUACUUGAUACCAAGUUUGUAGCUGCAAUAAACAAGACUUUUCCAAAGUUUGUAAAGAGUAGAAACAAAGAGGGUUACAUGUUUCCAAAAGGAUUGCGGGAUAUUUUUCCUUCGGCUAAUGACGCAGCGGUGCAUCCGACAAGGUAUUACUUUCCAUGCAAUCUUGGAAACAAACAUUGGGUUGGCAUAUGUUUUGAUGCUGGAAUUGGGGUUAUCACUGUUCUCGAUUGCAAUAUAUCAUUGUAUAAGGAGAGGUCGUUGGAGACGGAUUUAAAACCCAUCGUGCAGAUGUUACCUUAUCUCGCUAGAUUUGCCUGUCAACCUAUAGGAGAUGACAAUGUUAUUCAGUGUUACGAUGUUGCUAGGCCAAAGUUUGUCUCACAAAAUAAAAAUCCAUCGGAUUCUGGAUUGAUGGCUGUGCUAUUAAUGGCCAACCACGCUGUGUAUGGUACUGAAGCGUGUAAAAAUAUCAGCCAUGAACGUCUAGAAGCAGAAGGGAGGCGUGCAGCGAUAUUGGUGUAUGAGUUCAAGGAGGAGCUUUAG